CGAAGAGGUGCCGACGCAAAUUUCUCCCUGUGUAAAUCCCCGCGCUUCUCUCUCAUUGACAUCGUUGGUGCGGCGUUCUCGAUUCGACAGCGGAAUGAAGGCCACGGACUUCAGGCAUCGGCCUCCAUCUUUAAUUCCUCCUCGACUCUUUUUUGAUCUUGGUGUUAGUGGAAGGAAGAAAGCGAGAUUCGUCUUAAUGAAUGAAUGAAUCGCCGGAAUUGCGUAUUCGGAAGUUGCCGUUCCAUAUGAUAUCUGUUGCCUUUUCAUCUGAGCCUUCUUUCAGUUCCUGAAUUCUCCAUUAUCAGAAAUUGUAGGAGAGAGACGCCCUUUCUGGACCUCUUUUGUGGCUCUAAUUCGCAGCAGAGAGUUGGGCCCUUACGCAACUCUUUUGGUGGGUUUUUUUCCGUCGACUUCACGCAAAACGAGGUGUUCGUUUUCUUUCGUUCCCUAAUCGUUUCGAGUUGGGAUUUUUUCUUCUUCAAUUGGCGUUCGAUUUCGCCGACAUUGGGGGUGAUUGAUUGGUCAGAACGGGAGAUUUGGUUGGAUUUGUGUUUGUUUCUUAGCUGUGUUCAUAGAUUUUAGGGUUUCUAGUUUCUGUUGUAGUUUGAUCGUUCUGGUUCGUUUUCCCAUAGCAGGUACAGGCUUCUCUUAGAUUUAUAGUUUCUUUUUUUUCUUCUUCUUUUCGUGUGGCAAUGAUCGAAUGGAUUGUGGGUCGAAGGCUGGAUUCUGAUUGUGGGUAGGGAUGAAUAAGAUGAUUCGGUGUUUCCAGUUUUUGGUGUUCCUGGGAGGGUGUGAGUUUGGUGGUGGCUUAUCAGUCUAGGAGGAAUUUGUUCUUUUUUGAGUUGGAGAACCAUGACGGAUAUGGAAACUCUGCAGCAGAAACAGGGGCCGAGCGAAUUGAUCGAAUCGCCAAAUGCCUGUGAGGAGUUUAGGCGAGGUUUCGAGGAGCUCGUGAGGGAUCAUCUCGACUCCCGUAUGUCGCUUGCCUCAUGUAGCGGCGAGUCCGGGUCCGGUGUUCGCUGCGGCCGGUGUUGCCGAAGGUGCUUUGACGAUGGGAUGCAGUAUGAGCCUGUCGAUAUCCGCCGUCUUCAUGACGACAUGUUGGAGGAUGAGGACGACGAGGGUGAUCAAUUGGUCCGCCGGAGACGGCGGUCGGACCUUGAGGGCGACGACGUCGCGGAGUCUUCGGCUGCCAGGAGGCGUUAUUCGCGCAUUUUGAGCAGGUGGGCAGCUCGGCAAGCUCAGGAUAUGAUAACCACGAUAGAACGGCACAACCGGGAGAGGGAGCUAAUGGCGCUUUCUCGCUUACAUGCCGUCUCUAUGCUGGAUUCAUCUUUUCUAAGGGAGUCAACGACUUCAAGAGGGCAGGCUGCUGUGGAGCGGCCAAGCACUGGGGCGUCCUUGAUUCGUCAGAGGUGGAGGGAGCUCGAGGAUGAGAACAUGAUCAACCAUGCUCGAGAUAGAGCAAAUGCUAGGCAUUCUGAUAGUGAUUCCCCUAGAUACAGAAGGACGGGAACUGUUACUCCGUCGAACCAUGGAAAUGAAGACAAUCAUGGUAUACUAAGUAGUACUAAUAUAUCUCUGAGCCAAGCGAGUGUGCAGAGAGGCAACUCUGAGGUUGAAAGUGUCGUUUCUGAGGAGACUCGGUGGCUGGAGGGUGAUCAUAAUGUCACCGAGGUUGCGAGGGCUGGAAGUGAGAGCGAUUACGGGAUCUGGUCUCAUGGCCAAGCAGAUUCCCAAAAUGACGAUGAUGGCAAUCGAACCUCAAGUAGAGAACCAUCCCCAGAUCUUGGUGAAGGUGAAAGAGAGAGAGUGAGGCAAAUUUUCCGGGGUUGGAUGAUGGAAAAUGCAAAUGAAUCAUCUACCAUGUCUAGAAGAAGCAGUCCCAGAGCCGAAUUGCUCGGCGAAACUGAGAGGGAAAGAGUAAGACUGGUGAGAGAGUGGGUUCAUAUGGCAAGCCAACAGAGAGAUGCUCGUGGUAGGCAUCAAACACUUGAAUCUGCUGAUGAAAUGAACAACAUACCGAGGCAAGCUGCAGGGAGGGAGGAAGCAGUUCAGGGUGGGCUUGCAGGUGAUGGUGAUGAAAGACAGCCAGAGCAUAUAGGUAGAGACCUACUCAGGCUCCGCGGAAGGCAGGCUUUACUUGAUCUACUGGUGCGGGUUGAAGAGGAAAGACAGAGGGAACUUCAGCGAUUACUAGAGCACCGGGCUGUUUCAGACUUUGCUCACCGCAACCGUAUCCAGUCACUUCUCAGGGGCCGAUUUCUACGGAGUGGAAGAUCAGAAGAUGAAGAAAGGCCACCUUCAUUGGCAGCCAGAGAACUUGGCCAAUUAAGGCAACGACAGAGCGUUUCUGGUUUAAGAUUUCAAAACAUUGUUCGAAUUCAAGCAAGUGCUGCUACUGAUAGUGUAAAUGUUUAUGGAGCUGAUCAAUUAGCACCACCUUCAGUGGUUCCUGAUGCAGUCCAGAAUGAGUCCCAGCCAAGAUAUCAUGGAUCUGGUGGGGAUCAAGUAUCAGAACAUACAGAAGCCAUUGAAAGUAACACGUUGACAGUAAACGUUCAGGAAGAGAAUUUACAGGAAGGAUCUUCAGAAGUCACACGAAGGGAUUGGCAAGAAUCCCCUGAGUUGCGGGUCAUUGAAGGGCAAGACAGAGUUGCAGAAGAACCAGAGGGAGAUUGGCAAAAUCAACCUCAGGAUCAAGCACUGAUAGAUGAAGUUCAAGAUAGGGAUGAUGGCGAUUUGCAAGAACAUGGUAGGUGGCAUGAUGCAAGUCCUCAGGUUGCUGUAGAUAAUUGGCAAGAACAGCAUCGCAAUGUUUCAAGAAUGCAGAGAACCUCCAUCAGAAGGAUAAAUGGAUUUCAGCCUCCUGAUGAUGAUGGUGUGUACAGCAUGGAACUGAGAGAGCUCCUCAGCAGGCGAAGUGUUUCAAAUCUUCUUAGAAGUGGAUUUCGUGAAAGCUUAGAUCAAUUGAUCCAGUCGUAUUUGCAAAGGCAGAGCCAAGCUCCUGUCGACUGGGAUUUGCAGGCUCUGGGCCAUCAUGAGGCUUCUGUAGAACAAACUCAGGAUCAGCCGGGAGAAGGUGGUCAGGCUGAGGAUCAACUUAACCCUAAUAUUAGACCUGUAGUAACUUUGCCAGCUCCUCCUGUACCACCACCACAGCCUCUUUGGCAUCGAGGUCUUCAAGCAACUGGUUGGUCCAGACAAAGCUUGCACCGUUCUGAAAUGGAAUGGGAGAUAAUUAAUGACUUGAGAGCUGACAUGGCUAGGCUUCAACAAGGGAUGAAUCACAUGCAGCGUAUGUUAGAGGCUUGUAUGGAUAUGCAGUUAGAGUUGCAGCGCUCCAUUAGACAGGAAGUUUCUGCAGCUUUAAAUCGAGAUGGUGAAGGAAAAGCUACUCUCAAAUUUGUUUUCUGUGGGCAUUGGUAGCAGUAGAGAAGCCAAUAAUACAGGCAAGGGUGGGCCUUUGACCCCUAAGCCAGAAUGUUUUUCAACGUGGAAUUUGAGCAAGCCACUACUUAAGUUAAAGUAAUUUAUGCCCUCCAUUGUUCCCAGCUUGUCCUUGCAGUAAAAAGAUGGGGGAAAAAGUUGCCUGUCUUCCUUCAGACCUUGACUUCUCUACUUCGUCGAUAUUCUGGUCAUUGAUUGUGCCAUUCCUGGGGAAUUGGAAAAUUAUAUGAAAUUUUCCUUUUGAGACGAGCAAUUGGUGGAACCUAUAAUGCUUAGAUAUAGGUGUUGUAAAAGUGUAUCAUAUUGUGUAUCGGUCAGGCUGACCUAUAUACUAUAUUGAGAUGGAACACAGAUUUCGUUUAAUUCUUAAAAAAUUAAAAAAUAGGAAGCAUAGGGAGAAAACCAGGAAAAAUCUUGAAAAAUGUGUUCUAUAUAAAAGAUUCAUAGUACAUACAUAAUUCAUCAUUGAUAAGAUAUAAUAUGUUAACAACACACUAAAAAUAACUCGAUAAGUAUAAAAUUUGAAGUGUUUUACAUUACAUCACACCAUACAAUUUGCCAAAUGAAAAUUGAAAUUGAUUAGUGUCAUGAUCAUCAUCAAUCAAUACAAUAACCAUCACCUUGUUUAUCUUCAUCCUUAUCUUCAUUAUGGAUUUCAUUGUUAAUUGCUUUAUAGUUGUGUUCUCUCUCAAAUUGAUGAUUUAUCACUCAAAUCAACUAUUUCUUUCAAAAAAUCUACUGACCCUACCUUCUAAAGCUCAGAAAAGUGUUUGGAAUAAGGGGAGUCAGCAGUUUUAAAACGUAACUUGACACAAGAGUGUCGGUUUCUUUUAAAACGCCCUAGCUGCAUAUCAUGUGAAACAGAGUGUAUCAGGUAUAUCAUACAAUGCAGAUGUAGUACAUAUGAAACGGCUGAUGCACCACUGAUAUACUACAUAGUUCUAUUUGACCUAUAUGGUUCAUAUCGUAUAAUACGGGUCCAUAUCAUACUUUAUGGACAAUACUGCUUAGAUAUGCUUUCACACAUAAGGGGACUGGUACAGAAAAGGGAGUGAAUGGAGAAGGAUUUUAUUGGCAGGGAGGAAGUAAUGCAUCUCCACAUGUUUCGGAUUCAUUGCACUUGCUUUGGGGGACAUGAAGUUGACUUUUUGCUUUCUAACUUUGCCUAAUGACUGUUUUGGGUUUAACAAGCAACAGCCUGUUAAAGUCAGAUGUAUAGUACCUGCAGGGAACUAGCAGGUCAUGCUUCAUAGGUCAUGCUUAGUGAAGCUGCUGGGUCAGAUGCCACAUAGGUCAUGCUUAGAUGCAUAAGAGCAACUCUAGAUAGUUAUCUCCUAUUGGCUUCACUGCUGCAAGAGUUCAUCAUUCACGCCAGCAAUUUUUUGUAUGUUCCAAGUGUUAAAGUCAGAUGUAUAGUACCUGCAGGGAACUAGCAGUCGACUGUGCCAAUACCUAGUGAAGCUGCUGGGUCAGAUGCCACAUAGGUCAUGCUUAGAUGCAUAAGAGCAACUCUUUAGAUAGUUAUCUCCUAUUGGCUUCAUUGCUGCAAGAGUUCAUCAUUCACGGCAGCAGUUUUUUGUAUGUUCCAAGCGUUAAAGUCAGAUGUAUAGUACCUGCAGGGAACUAGCAGUCGACUGUGCCAAUACCUAGUGAAGCUGCUGGGUCAGAUGCCACAUAGGUCAUGCUUAGAUGCAUAAGAGCAACUCUAGAUAGUUAUCUCCUAUUGGCUUCACUGCUACAAGAGUUCAUCAUUCACGCCAGCAAUUUUUUGUAUGUACCAAGCGUUAAAGUCUGAUGUAUAGUACCUGCAGGGAACUAGCAGGAAUUUAUGUAAAUUUAUAAUGAUAAACAAAUGUUUUAAGUUACUAAUAUUAUAUAGAAAUGUUAAUAUGAGAUUUAAAAGUUGCUUACUCAUGAUCAGAGAAAAGAGUGGGCUGUAGCCAUAUGAAUGCAGCACGAUGUUGCAACGUUGAAGUUUUGGCACCAUGUGUAUGUUGUAACUUUACAAUCCCUGUAUAGGAUUAAACAGUCGAUACUUCUCAGGUGCUGCCACUCUAGAAACAGAGUAUGCAGCCUAAAUGACAUGCAGAAUGCAUCUAUAUGCUCUUUCAAAACUGUUAGGAUAAAUUUUGUGAAUCUUAAGAUUGGACUGGAAG